AUGGUACCGCUCUCCAACUUGAGGAGCCUCAGAUUGGGUUAUGUACUAUUUCCUUCUAAAUUUGCUUCCAGAACUGAAAUAUUGAUUGCCGGAGAUCUAAAACCCUCACAUUUUUCUCUUCAAAAUCGGAUACUCUGUAGACAGUUCACCUCAGAAAUCUCAGAAGACCAACGCAGUUUCACCGUCAAUUACCUCAUAACCUCAUGUGGGUUGUUCCCAGAAGAUGCGAUUUCAACAUCCAGAUGGAUCAAGUUGCAGUCCCCAGAAAAAGCAGACUCCGUUUUGGGACUUCUAAGAAACCAUGGAUUCUCUCAAACCCAGAUCUCAAAGUUUUGCAAAACUCGCCCACAACUUCUUUUAGCCAGCCCUGAGCAAACCCUUUUGCCAAAGAUUGAGUUUUUCAGCUCUCUUGGAGUUUCGAGGGAGGACCUUGCAAAAACGCUGGUUCUGAAUCCAAGUCUUUUGCAAAGAAGCUUGGAGAAACAGCUUGUGCCCACUUAUAAUUUCCUGAGGAGUCUGCUUCCUGAGAAAAAUAUCGUUUCUGUUUUCAAGUACAACUCGUCGAUUUUCUUGCAAGGCCACACCAAGAAAGUCGUGCCAAAUGUCGCGAUUUUGAGAGAAUUAGGUAUGCCUAAAUCAUGCAUUUCUCUGUUGCUAGCUCAUUGUACGCAUGCUUUGAUACAUGAUACUGAAAAGUUUCGCCAAGUUGUGAAAGAGGUUAAGGAAAUGGGUUUUAACCUGGAAAAGUCGAUUUCCGUGUCGGCAAUAAGCAUAAUGUGUCGUUCAUUUUAUAAGCCGAUAUUGAAGCGAAAUUGUGAAGUUUAUAGCAGGUGGGGUUGGUCGGAGGCUGAUGUUCUCUCUGUUUUCAGGAGGCGCCCGGAGUGUAUUGCUCUGUCAGAGAAGAAAAUAAUGCAAACAAUGGAUCUUUUAGUGAACAAGAUGGGAUGGUCGUCAGAAACAAUUCUCAAGUCCCCAUAUGUUUUGAAGUAUAGUUUGCAGCAGAGAACCAUCCCGAGGUGUUCGGUUGUUAGAGUUUUGUUGUCGAAAGGAUUGAUAAAUACUGAAAGACUGAGCUUAAAUUCUGUGUUUGGACCUGUGGAGAAGGAGUUUUUGGAGAGAUUUGUUGACAGUUAUCUGGGUGAAGUACCUCAGUUGUUGUGCGUAUACCAAGGAAAAGUGGAUAUCCAGGACGUAUGAUGUUGCAACUUUUUAACCCCUUGAUGCUGCACUGUCUUGCUUGGAAAAUUGCUUUUGAUAGAAUACACUCAUAUCUUGCUUCUGUUCGGGUUCAGUAUUAACUAUUCUGGAGAGGAGUGAAAACAACAAUUUAUUUUGUCUACUUUUCACGAUAUCAGUUCUCUAACCCAUAUGUUUCUUUUGUCUACUCUUCUAUUGCUGUUUCAGUUUAUUUUUCUACUUAGUGGCCUUGCGAAGAGAUGAACCCAGAGUGAGUGCACUACCAUAACGAUCUUCCAAUCCUAUAACUCUUAACCUUUUCUUUGAGUCAAUGGCAGAGAGAGCAUAUGAAAUAUAAGUUUCACACACUUUCUUGAUUUUUAUGUGUGUGUACGCGCUAUAUUAAUGGUAUCUUGGAAUGGUUUUCAGACCUUUAUUCCUGCUCUGUUAGUAAUUGUUCUCCACAAGCAGCUGGCCUGGGUAAGCAUCAUUACAUGGUCGUUGUGAUUCCGUAAGUAUGGGAUUUCUUGUCUUAUGAAAAAAAGAAAAGAAAACUCAGUAACUGCGACUGAUGAUUGGGUUCCUUAAGGGACAAAAGGUCCAGCUUUAAUGGGAUACUCAGGAGUCAUUUGGCAAUUGUUAUCUGUGGAGAAAAAUGAAUCUAUUUGAAAACUUCUGGAGAUUUUCUGAGAUCAAGAGAGUGGUAUGUUGGGGAUCAGUUUACUUAUUUAUUGCUUCUCCUCUCGAAUCAUUUGCCGUUGAGUAACCUGUUUCUGUCUCCAAAGCACUUGUUUAUUCUUUACUUGGAUAAUAGUUUUCAGGUAAUGCUUCUAACUUUGAUUGAAACACAACUUAAAAUGCAUGCACAACGGUGCUGCAGGUCAUGAGAAAAACUUGUUAUUUCAACUGUCCGUUGGAUGCAUGCUGUGAUUUAUCAGUAGUUACAGGCUUAUCAAUGUUUGAUGAAUAAACAAUUAUGUAAGCUCAUUAUUUAUGUUAUGGAGAAUGUAAUGCUUUAUUUGUAGUGUUUUUUUGUGAUGGUCAC